AUGGGCAAGGGCAAGCAUCACCACCCCAAGCAUGCGCACAAGCACAAGCACCACCACAUGCCCCACCUGCCCCACCUGCAUCAUCAUCAUGGCGACAAGCACGGCAAGGUGGGGCGCCUGGGCGCCCAUCAUAUGGAUCGUCACAAAUGGCAAGGCGGAGAAGAGGAGCGGCAGCUGCGUGAGCAGGUCGGCAAGUUGGGUCUCGAGGUCGUCGACAUUGAAGGCGAUGGCAACUGCAUGUUCAGGGCCCUGAUGCACCAGUACAAGGGCACGCAGCAUGCUCAUGGCGAGGCGCGAGCGCGGGUUGUGCAGUACCUCAGUGAGCACCGGGCCGACUACGAGGCCUUUGUGGAGGAUGACACCUCCUUUGACGACUACCUGGCGGAGAUGGGGCGUGAUCGGGUCUAUGGCGAUCAACUGGCUCUGGUGGCCUUUGUGCAGGCUUAUCAGGUAGAUGUCUUUGUACAUCAAGUGGGCAAGCCAGUGUGGAUUUUGCGAGCUGCUGCGGACAACCGCCCAGCGGCUCGUCAAAUGCACAUUAUCUACUACGACUGGGAGCACUACGAUGCGUUGCAGCACGUGAGCUCGGGCAGUCAUGAUAAGCAAGACAAGGGCAUCUUUCUCGGAGCCAACGAUCUUCACGCGGGAGCCGACUCUGCCAGCGAAGGGCGCCGGGCGGAGAACACGGCCCCGGCCAAAGAAACCUCGGACCCUGCACCAGCGGUGGACCGCGGCGAGGGCAAGGGCAAAGGUAAAGGCAAAGGUCAUGGCGUGCAUGAGAGGCCGGCCAGGGUCAGUAAAGCCUAUAAAAAGCAGUUGAAAAAGCAGCAGCGAGCCGACAAGGCCAAGGCACAAGCCGAGGCUUCGGCAGAUGCACCUGAGGUGCAGCUCGACUCAUCAGUGGGGGCGCUCAUGCUGUAG